CUGCUCCUCCUCCUUCACCCACCGUGUUUAGCAUUCCCAGAAAUCUGCGCCCAGCGCACCAAAACAGCCCGGAUGGCAGGAAAUGUGGCAUGAAGGAGACGUGUGGUCGAGCCUCCCUGAGCCGAACAUGGACCUGAGGAGCCGGGACGGAGCACCGCUGACAGACCGCAGCACAAAGCGCGUGGAGAAGCGCGCACUGGUUUAGCGUCUGCGGAGCAUUUCAGCGAUUUUGAUCCGAGUGACGCGCAGAGGACGCAGCUUGGAGGCUGGAGGGCCGAUCACAGCCGCCCGGGCUGCUUUCUUUCUCUUUUUUUCUACAUAUAUAAAACAAAUCUGAUUCUAAUCAGCGCGACUCCUCCGGCUGGAUAGAGAAGGAAGAGGAGGAGAAGGAAAAUGAGUGAGCAGAGCAUCUGCCAGGCGCGGGCCUCUGUGAUGGUCUACGAUGAUGCCAGUAAGAAGUGGGUGCCCAUCAAGCCGGGGCAGCAGGGCUUCAGUCGCAUUAACAUCUACCACAACACUGCCAACAACACCUUCAGAGUGGUGGGGGUCAAACUCCAGGACCAGCAGGUUGUUAUUAACUACUCCAUAGUGAAGGGUCUAAAGUACAACCAGGCCACCCCGACCUUCCAUCAGUGGCGGGACGCUCGGCAGGUCUAUGGGCUGAACUUUGCCAGUAAAGAGGAGGCCACCACCUUCUCCAACGCCAUGCUGUUCGCCCUCAAUGUCCUCAGCUCCCCGGACAGCGGAGGUCCUGUAGUUCAGCGCCAAAACGGUCCGUCCUCAGAAGAAAGCGAAGCACAGAGGAGGAUGAUGGAGCAGCAUCAGAUGCAGGCGCACAAGGAGAGGGAGCGGCGGACGUCGGGAUCAGUCGUUUCCACCCUCCAGUAUAAAGUGUCCACCCCUCCCACCCACCCAGACACUCCUCCCGAGUACAGACAGUUCAGGGCUAGCACACUGCCGCCCUCCUACGUCCGCGUGGCCUCCUCCUCCUCUCCUCCCUCCUCUGUGUCUCCCUCCCAGGAGAGGGAGGUGGGGGGUGGGAGGGACAAGGCCCAGCUGUCCUCUCAGCUGUCCACCUCGCUCGCCUCGGCCUUUUCCCCAGUCCAGGCCGGAGUGAACACCCAGGGCCGACAGGUCCGUCAGAUCCCCCUCUCCCCUCCCACAGCGGCCCGCCACCUUCAGCAACAGCAGCAGCAACAAGAAAUCCAUCUCCCCCCCAAACAUGGCACCUGGUCUGCCUCCCACAUGCAGCAGAUGUACUCCCAGUGCCCCCAACCCUCCUCCUCCCCUCCAGUAAUGAUGCCCAUGCCUGUAAAGCAGGGUUUACCCCCUCAGCCAGUCCUCCCAGUAGCUCACCCCCUUCCACCUGUCAGCACUAGGAUGAAGCCCCCUCCCCUUGACCCUCCCACUGCUGGGGGCCACCCUCAGUACCCCCAGCAGCCACCCCACCCUCACUCCAACGGCCAGUCCGACGAUUCCUACUCUCCUCUCUCUCAGCAUCUCCCGCUCACACCGCAGUACUGCGAGGCAAUCCCCCUCCCCCCUCUGAUAGGUCAGUCAGGACCUGGCCCCGCCCCCAACUACCAGAACCAGUUAAGCUUCCACUCUCAGCAGCAUCUACACCAGCAGCAGCACCACCAGCAGGCUCAGACCCCCACCACCACCACCUCAUCUUCCUCUUCCUCCUCGCCCCCCUCUUACACUGCCAUGUCAGACGGGGGCUCUCCCAAGAAGACCCCCUCCCCUGUCCCCCAGCCGGCCCCCGCGGCCAGCAGCAGUGGCCCUGUCUCUGCAGGUCACCCUGCUAUGCUCUCUGUGGCUCCGCCUCCAGCUGCAGCUCCAGCACCCAUGGCCGGCCCGCCAGCUCCGCCACCGCCCCCGGGUCCUCCUCCUCCAAUGGCGGUGCCUCCACCCAUGCCCCCUCCUUUGCCCACCGGUGGAGGGCCACCUGGGGGCCCUCCUGGGGUCCAGCCUUCGGGACUUGCUGCAGCUCUCGCUGGAGCCAAAUUACGGAAAGUGCAUCGGGAUGAAAGCAGCCCGCCUGGUUCUGGGGGAAAAUGUGACUCCAACCGAUCUAGCGGGGGCAGCGGUGGCGGAGGAGAGGGUCUAAUGCAAGAGAUGAAUGCCUUACUAGCUCGCAGGCGAAAAGCUUCAGAGAAACCGGAUGAGGAUGAGUCUGGUGGUCGAGGGGCAGGUCAGCAGAACUCUACAGAUGCCCUGAAGAAACCGUGGGAACGCUCCAACUCAGCAGACAAGUCCUCCCUGGUGUCCAGAGUGAGACCUGUCGGCAGCGCUGGUGAGGCUGAUACAGAAUUCGACCGGAUGAAACAGGAAAUUUUGGAUGAAGUUGUGCGUGAGUUACACAAGGUGAAAGAUGAAAUUAUUAACGCCAUCAGACAUGAAAUUGGCAGAAUCGGUACGUCCUAAUCUCAUCCGAGGGCGUCGGAUGAAGGAGCAAGAGGGGGCGGGGCUGGG